AAACUAUAAACCGCACCUCCGCCAUUAAAAAAAAAAAAACAACCGCACAACAAUGGCGCCUCCUUCCAACCGCCGAAGAAUGCGCAAGAAUCCGCGCGAUCGAGCGCAAAAUGCCUUCGCAAUCGCUUCGGCUGAAUUCUCCGAGGAGCCUUCCAUUCCAACUAGCAGGCUCGGGAAUCACUGUCCUUCUCGGUCCCGAAGAAAUGACGGCGACAGCGAGGAAGGUGGGGGUGGUGGAAAGGACGGCGUGGAUGAGAUUGACCGCGGCAGCGACUCCGAAGGGAAUGAGUGGAAGAUAGGACAUAUUGACAACGAGGAUGAUAGCGAUAUUGACAGCGACGAGGCAAUGGGUGAGAGCGACGAGGAGAGGUUUGCGGAUUUUACGUUUCGGGGGAGUACCUCUACCGGGAAAGAGAAAAAGAGCAAGUCCGGGCAAGGUUUAGAGGAGGAGAGUGGGGGUGAUGAUGAGAGUAGUGAAGAUGGAGAGGGGUUUAUAGAUUUGUCGGAGAUGCUGGAUAGGCCUGAUUCUGGAGACGAGGAGGAGGCGGUCGAUGGAAAGGCGAAGAGGAAGCCUCAGCGACCAGUCUCUGACGACGGAGAGGGAGAGGGUGAUGAGCUUAAUGAUAGCUCUAUGAACAGUGAAUCUGAAUCUGGAGAUGACGACGAUGGGGAUUUGGUUUCCGACUUCUCUGAAGAGGACGAGACACUAGAAGACCCCUCGAAACUUGCAAAGCUUCAAGAGAUCAUAUGUUCGCUUCCUUCGACAAAAUCGCCAAGGAGAGCUCGAGAAAAUGAUCCCAAUGAAGGGAAGACGCCGAAUGAGUACAAUUUAACUAUAUCUUCAACCUCUGAUAAGCUCACUGUGGAGGACCUCAUGCCCACCAUCACCGAUCCCAAGCUCAGGCAAUCGCUCGAGCUCGUUGCCGGCAAUCCACCGCCAAAGUCCAGUAAGCCAGGAGUACAGGGGAAGCUCUCGGCCCCACUGGCAAAGAGGCAACAGGACAAGUUAGAUCGGGCAGCAGCCUACGAGAAGUCAAAAGAGGCGCUCGGCCGCUGGACAGAUACAGUGAAGCAUAGCCGACAGGCGGAUUAUCUUCAUUUCCCGUUAGCCAAUGCGCCUAAUGCACGGUUGCCAGCACCGAGGAAAGUCGCUGUGCUUUCGGCUUCUGAGCCUACCCCGUUAACCGAACUUGAAGCUACUAUCUCUGGAAUACUGAAGGAGUCGAAUAUGGCUUCCGAAAAGUCUAUCAAGGGGUUUGAAGAGCUGAAAACGAAUAAACUAUCCGUGGAGGAGGUCCAGAAACGUACAGCUGAGCUUCGGCUUGCGCGCGAACUCAUGUACCGGGAAGAGAUCAAGGCGAAACGUAUCAAGAGGAUCAAGUCAAAAUCCUACCACAGAAUCCUCAAGAAAGAGAGGGGAAAGCAAAAAAACGCCAUUGAGGAGGCUUUGGCUCUUGAGCGUGGCGGUGCGCCGAGUGAAGAAGAUGUUAUGGAGAGGGAGAGGAAAAGGGCGGAAGAGCGAAUGACUUUGAGACAUAAGCAGAGUAAGUGGUCUAAAGGGAUAAAGGACUCAGGAAGGACUAUGUGGGAUGAGGAAGCGCAGAAUGGUGCGGUAGAGAUGGCAAAGCGCUCAGAAGAGCUUCGAAUGAGGAUUGCUGGGAAGGAAGUUCUUGGGGAGGACGAGGAGUUUGAGAGUAGUGGUGAUGAUGAAGAGGAUGACUUGUUUAACGAAGAUCAGCAGCAAGCAAAGCAGCGGCUACUUGCAGAUCUAGAAAAGCUGGAGAAUGGAAGUGAUACUGCUAAAGGUCAACGCAACAAGAGUAAGUUGAUGGACCUCAAGUUCAUGCGAAAUGCCGAAGCUGCUCAGAAGAGAGCGAACAAGGCCGAAAUGGAGGGUCUACGGCAGGCUUUGGAAGGUGAUGAUAAGUCAGAUAAGAGUGACGGGAGCGAGGAGGAAGUUAACGAUACUGGAAGGAUGGUCUUCACAGCUGGGAGGAAGAAGAAAGAAAUAGCCAGGAAGCCCAAGCCAAACAAGUCUGAGUUCGAGGAGGCUGAACACUCGAGUGAGGGUGAGGAUGGCAAGGAUAGUCCGGAUGAAGCUGAAGUUACAAUGGUGAACAAGGCGGCUUCCAAUAUACUCAAGAAUCCUUUCUCGCAACCUGGGAUAUCACCUCUACAGUUUUCUAACCAGAAAGCGGGGGCUAGCGAAAAGCGCAGUACUUCAGCCAGGCCUUUACCCGGAGGAGAGAAGGGGAAGGUGGCCCCAGAGCCUAACCCAUGGCUUACUCAAGACACCACUUCCAGCCUCGUUAGACCCAAAGCUCAGGCCUUGGUAGCUGGGAGGCAAGAAUCCAAGAACGCAAAGACAAACUCCAAGCUCUCCAAGGAUCGAAAAAAAUCACUCAAAGACCGUGAUGGCCCCGGAUCGGAUAUCGAGAUUGAUGUGAAUGCCACACUUAAACUUGCCUCAAACAAGCGCAGGGCCGGCGGCGAUGGCGAUAGCGGCGGCGAAGAGGGGGAUGAGGAUGACGAAGGAGCUAUCAAUCUGGUGCCAACCAAAGGAAUGAAUGGUGUGAAUCUUGAUCAACGGGAACUUGUGAAGCGGGCUUUCGCAGGUGACAACGUUGUCGCAGAGUUCAAGGCAGAGAAGAAGAGAAAGAUCGACGAGGAGGGCGACCAAGUAAUCGAUACUAGGAUUCCGGGAUGGGGUAGCUGGACCGGAGCAGGUCUUACAGAACGAAAAGGAAAGAAGGACACUAGGUUUUUCAAAACGAUCAAGGGCGUUGAUAAAAAUAAUCGGAAGGAUAAGAAGCUUGAGAAAGUUAUCAUCAAUGAGAAGCGUGUGAAGAAGAACGUUAAAUAUCAAGCAUCUGCACUUCCUUUCCCCUUCGAAUCUCAGCAGCAAUACGAACGCAGUCUGCGUAUCCCCAUUGGGCCUGAGUGGACUACGAAGACGACGUUCCAGGAUUCUACAAUGCCAAGGGUUAUGGUCAAGCAGGGUACUGUUAUCGAACCUAUAUCUGCGCCGUUCAAGUAGUUAUGGUUGAUGGGUGGGUUUAUUGCAUGAUAGUUAUGAUAUUGAGUUGUAGAUGGCCUAAAAGUGUUUGAUUUUGCGCCGGCAUAUCCAGUAUUCUAAAUCCAAGCGUAUCCAGAAAA